AUGAGUGAGCAAAGCAGUAUAGGUGCAUUAUUUGAGUAUUUAAACAAACGAGACGAAUGCGAAAGUGGUAAUGACUACGACGGUGAGCAACUUGGUGCUCGUAUUUCAGCUAUUUUCGUUAUUAUGGUCACUUCAGCUUUUGGUGCAUACUUUCCCAUCCUUUCGUCAAAAUAUUCAUUCAUCAGAUUGCCAUGGUGGUGUUUCUUUGGGGCAAAGUAUUUUGGAAGUGGUGUCAUUGUAGCAACUGCAUUUAUUCAUUUAUUGGAACCAGCUUCUGACGCUUUGGGAGACGAAUGUUUGACUGGUGUUAUUACGGAGUAUCCAUGGGCGUUCGGUAUCUGUCUAAUGACGUUAUUUGUAUUGUUCUUUUUCGAAUUGGUGGCUUAUCGUAUGAUUGAUAGAAAAAUCAGUGCAAUGAAUGAUGAUAUUGAAGAAGCUGAUGCUGCAGAUGCAGGUCACUCUCAUUCCCAUUUUGGUGACGAAUCAUUAUACGUAAAGAAAAAAGUCGACCCAAAAAAGGAUGAAGUAGAGGAUGACGCUGAACUUGAAGAAUCUGGCCACGAGACAGAUAAGCAGGCCAACCCAUAUCCAAAUCAUUUUCAACAUGGACACGAACAUCAAGACCCAAGUGUUAUGGGCACUCCAGUCAACAAUCAAAGUAAAGAACAAUAUUAUGGUCAAUUGCUAAAUGUUUUCGUCUUGGAGUUUGGUAUAAUCUUUCACUCAGUGUUUAUUGGUUUGUCGUUGGCUGUUGCAGGUGAUGAAUUCAAAACCCUUUACAUUGUCUUGGUCUUUCAUCAAAUGUUUGAAGGUUUGGGUUUGGGCACCAGAAUAGCAACCACCAACUGGGACAAGCACAGAUUAUCACCUUGGAUCUUAGCACUCGGUUACACUCUUUGUACCCCAAUCGCUAUCGCCAUUGGUCUUGGUGUAAGACACUCGUAUCCACCAGGAUCAAGAAGAGCUUUGAUUACGAACGGUGUUUUUGAUGCAAUCUCUGCUGGUAUUUUGGUUUACACUGGUCUUGUUGAAUUGAUGGCCCAUGAGUUUUUGUACAGUGGAGAAUUCAAGGGACCAAAUGGUUUCCGUAAAAUGUUGAUUGCUUAUUUCGUUAUGUGCUGGGGUGCGGGUUUGAUGGCUUUGCUAGGUAAGUGGGCAUAA